AGCACACAACCUUGUCUGGGAGGGGCUGGGAGGGAGGAUCCCUGAGCCUCUGACCCCUGGGUCCUGCGGCUGCCAGGGUCGCUGGCAGCUCGGCCACGUGGAGGUGACCGCGGAACUCCGAGUGGGCGCAGGGAGAGCUGGGCGGGUCCACCGCUCCAGCGGCUGCUGUCAGGGGCCGCGCGGCUUUCCCUGAAGAUGCAGCGCAGCAUAUUUUGCACAUGAGUUCAGAGGAAGAGGAAGUGUAGCCGGCGGACGCGCGGCGGCAGCGGCGGGGGCGCGUCGGGGCUGGAGCCGGAGCGCGCUGGGCGCAGGGUGCAGAGAGCGACAGCGCUGCGGCCGCGGUCUCUGGGGAGGGACAGACGCACCGAUCGCUAGAGGGACAGACACACGAGCACGCGGCGCCACCGCCCUCCACCCACUGGCGCCCACGUCCUCCCCCUGCUGCCUCCUCUGUAUGGCACAAACUUUCCUCCCGGGACGGAUCACGCUGUCUCUGGGAGCCCGCGCCCGCGCCUUCUCCUCCUCCGGUCCCAUACGCUGCUGAAAUGGGUUGCGGAUUGAACAAGUUAGAGAAACGUGAUGAAAAACGGCCCGGGAAUAUUUAUUCAACUUUGAAGAGGCCUCAGGUGGAAACCAAGAUAGAUGUGUCCUAUGAAUACCGUUUCCUGGAGUUCACGACUCUGAGUGCCGCGGAACUCCCUGGGUCCUCAGCAGUGAGGCUGGCCUCCCUGCGUGACCUGCCCACCCAGCUCCUGGAGCUGUACCAGCAGGGCUUCUCGCUGGCGGCCCUGCACCCCUUCGUGCAGCCCACUCAUGAGCGGGAGAAGACGCCCCUGGAGCACAUCUUUAGGGCCAUCCUGAUCAAGAAAAGCGACAGAUCUCAGAAAACGGAUCUUCACAAUGAAGGCUACAUCUUGGAAUUAGAUUGCUGUUCCUCCUUAGAACACCUGACAGACCAGAAACUCCUCCCAGAGUUCAUUAAGAAGAUCCAGGAGGCCGCAAGCCAGGGCCUGAAAUUCGUUGGUGUUAUACCCCAGUACCAUUCCCCUGUGAGCUUGGCAGGCAGCAGUGCUCCUGUGUCUACUGCCAACAGCACCGAGGAUGCCAGAGAUGUAAAAAAUGCACGUGGGGAUCACGCAUCACUGGAGAAUGAGAAACCAGGGGCUGGGGACAUGUGCGGUGCUCCAGCUGGGAGAAACCAAAGCCCAGAACCCAGCUCAGGCCCCAGAGGGGAGGUGCCCAUCACCGAGCAGCCCAGCUUACCCUCUGGAGAGGGAGAUGGUGGAGAAAUUUCACCACAGGGGGUGAGCAAGACACUGGAUGGACUGGACAGCGACCCCUUGGAGGUGCAGGAAGAGCCACUCUCAGGGAAAAUGGAGAUCUUCGCCCUUUUCAACAAACCGAAGAGCCAUCAGAAGUGCCAGCAAUACUACCCUGUCACCAUUCCUCUCCGUGUCUCCAAGAACGGCCAGACAGUGAGCGGCUUGGAUGCCAACUGGUUAGAGCACAUGAGCGAUCACUUCCGGAAAGGUGGCAUGCUGGUGAAUGCAGUCUUCUACCUUGGAAUGGAGAAUGAUUCCUUACAGGGCUUGACAGAUGGAGUAUUCAUCUUUGAAGCUGUUUCCACUGAAGAUAGCAAAACCAUACAGGGCUACGAUGCUAUUGUGGUUGAACAAUGGACCGUCCUGGAAGGUGUCGAGGUGCAGACAGACUACGUGCCCCUGGUGAACUCACUGGCGGCCUACGGCUGGCAGCUCACCUGUGUGCUACCGACUCCCGUCGUCAAGACUACCAGGGAGGGGAGUGUAUCCACCAAGCAGAUUGUCUUUCUUCAGAGACCGUGUCUACCUCAGAAAAUCAAGAAGAAAGAAUCGAAGGUAAGAGACUUUGAUGGCCUUCCUAGGUUUUCCUCAGCAGGGUUUCAUCUUCAGUGGAUUUUCUGCAGCAUUUGAGGGGACAGGCUACGCCAGCUUCCAAGGACUCCCAGAGCCCCUGGCAACCCGAAUCACAUCUCAGGCUGCUAAAACGGGACAGCUGAGGGGCUGGAGGGCCUUGUCUGCCAUUGUCCUGUUGGGAAGGCCAGAAGGAUGGAGGAGAGAGGCUCUUCAGGAAGCUCCCGCCUGCCAGAUAGCAUCACUAGGAUGAAAAGAAGGGCAUGAAGUCAGCUGCAGUCUGACCAUGGGGUGGGGAUGGUUCGAGCUCAUGGCCAGCUUCUCUGUAUCUUAAUCUCAUUUCCAGCUAGUUGGAGCCCUGGCCUGCCUUGUUAGAUUCCUCAGGACCUUGGAAGUGUGCUGAUCUGGGCAGAGACCCUGCCAGAAUCCCUUCUUGACAGGCCUAGACCCAAAGGCCUCUGAUGGCAGACAGGGGCUAGCCAUAGCCUCUGGCAGCAAGUCCAGGCCAGGCUGUCCUCAGAGAUCCCCAGGGCCCUUUUCUGUCUCUGGACUCCGCAUGAACUACCCCAGAAACACAGUUCCACAGAGACUGGCCUUCUCAAGUCUUCUCUGUGAUUCCUGAAGGUGAGCACAAGGGUUAUACCAGGUGCAAGUGUCAGCAACCCUUGUGCCAGAUGAUUCCGAUGCUUCCCACCCGCACUGAGCAGCCUGUGGUGCUUUUCCUGAGGACGUUUCACCAGUUGCUUGGGAAGAGGCUGGUGACUUGAGUGAACCCACCAAAACCUGAGUCAAGUGUCACCUGGAUCCAGCUCACUGCACCUUUGAUGGCUGAGGCCACGUUCUCAGCACAGCCUCCCUGACCUGCUCAGCUCCUCACUCUUGCCAUCACCCCUGUAUUCCUGACACUUGGUUCCUCAUGUUCUUUGGACACAGAGCCCUGGGGCAGGAACAUGAAGCAAAUGAACAGAUUGCAGCAGCCCCUCACCAGCCAAAAACUCCAGGGGGAGCCCGCUUGUGGAAGGAAUGCCAAGGCAAUGGUGACUUGAAGCCAGAUGGGCUGAAGUGUGGAGGAAGGUCUUUCUCCAGGAUCUGAGGGUGUAAUGUGACAGGUGACGGUGCAGUGGACCAGAAGGCAGCUGCCGGCCCACCAACAACCACCAGGACCAGGCAGCCACUGGCUGGAAGAUGGAUCAGCUGCAGAGCGCUCUCAGUUUCAGCUCAGCCACAGGCUCACGGGGACUGCAUGCAUUCAGCAAGUGUGGCAUUCAACAUGCAGUGCACACGAGGGCCCCUGACAGACACUGCUGCAGCCUUAGAGGGAGAUGGUGCCACCUUUGCCUAACAGGUUCCUGGUUGUGGGGCACACAGAUUCCAAAGGAGAGACAUGUGGGUGGAUGCUGGUAUGAAGGUCAUGGCAUCGCACGGAGGGGGACAGUCAGUGGAAACUUGAGCAGGCAGGGAGAUUUUAGAGGUAAAUUUGUAAAAGCCGUUAUAAUAAUGUAGAAUUGCCUUUCCUCCAGGAAAAUUCAGAGAGGAUGGGACCUACUGUUUUUUCAGUCAGUAAAAACUUCUAAUCCCAAUCAGCUGUACUUACCUGCGUAGAUGGCUUUCUCUUUCCAUGUACCUAAUUAUUUCCUGCCUCAUUCUAAGACCAGAGGUGGCUGGUGUGGAGCACUUGUUCUACGUGAGACUCUCUGGGUCAUCUUACAGAUGGGAGUACCCCAGAGAGCGGGCUGGGAAGCUAGACUCCCUGGAAGAAUCUUCUGCACUGGGUGUCCCCUCCUCACUGCUCAGCCAACAUGGGGCAGCAUCCUCCUCCCACAGGCCUGUGUACCUGGUGACCGUGAGUCACUCCAUCCAGUCUUCCGCAUGCCUGAGCUCUUGCAGCCUUGACGCUGGGACCACCCCCACUCCUUGAAGCACCUUUUCUCUUGGUUCUUUCCCACCUCAUUCUCCUGGUUUGCCACUAAGUUCCUUGGGGUUCACACCCAGCCCCAUUUUCUUCCUUCACUCUUGCCUUCCUAAACCUCCUUCACCACCUCUGUGCCAGUGACCAUUCCGUCUGUACUUUCAGCCCUCACUGUGCCCCAAGACUCUGGCUCCAUCCAUCCUGUGGCUCACUCAAGCUAAGAGCAAGCCCAUGACUCUCCCCCUCCCCAUACCUGGCCCACUGGGCCCACUGCACCUAUCUAAAGGAAUGCACCCAUUCCUUAGGGGCUGUCCCUGCUGACGCUCCCUUCUCCUUCCCCUGUAUUCAGUCUAUCCUUAAGACUCAUCUGUGUUAGGUCCCAGAGGCUCUGGAAUCCCUCCACCUCUCUCUACCAUCACUCGCUUUGGCUGCUCCAAUCUCAUAACAGAUCUCCCCUUCAAAUAGGUUCUCUAUUCAGAGCCAAAGUGAUCUGUUAAAAAGGCAACUUGAAUCCUGUCAUCCCACUGCUCAAAGGAGUUCUGAAGUUUUGUAGGACUCUGAAGACAAAGACGGAAGUCAGCACCGUGGCCCUCAAGACCCCAAGGGACCUGGCCCCUCUUACUUCCUCUGUCAGCCUCCCAUUCUCUGUAGCCUCCAGCUCCUCUGUGUCCCCUCUGCCAAGGACUCUCCUCCUUUCUAGCUCCACUCAAGCAUCCUUUUCUCAGGACAGUGCUGUCUCCUUUUACACCAAAGCAGGCUUCUUUGUACCACACUGGGAAAGACCCGUGCUCCUCUCCUUCAGAGCUCUCCUCUGGGCUUUUAGUUAUUUGUGAUCAUUAUUUCAUCCUUUCCAGGCAGAGCCAGACAUAAUCUCCACAAGAGCAAAGACCUUUUUCCUGUGUUGUGUACCCAGUACCCAGAUUUUAGUUGGUGCUCAACAGAUAUUUGUUAAAUCAAUGAAUGAGUAAUCAACUCCUGAGCAAGGACAUACAUAUAUCCAGCAUUUAAACGUAAGAAAUUGCAAGAUUGGCACACUGAGGAUGUGGCACACUUAGUCUUCUCUUAAUCAGCAACAUGGACAGAAUUUUCUAAUCAAGACUUUUCAGCAUUUGAAAGAAACCUCUGUUUAUGUGCAUGUGAUUUUCAAACCAAAUAUUAAACUCCUUCAAAAGGAAUAGUGACUUCUACAAUUCAGGGGAAGCCUUCCUUCCAGCCACACUAAAUAACGGGUAGUUUUUAAAAUGUGCAAAUUAAACCCAUUGGCCCCUGAUGACAUUGAACUCUGGACACACACUACUGUGACGUGAAGGAUUUUUUUUCCUUUUAGACAGUUACUCUGAAUUGGGUGGCUAGUUGGAUUUGGUGACGCACCCAACUGCCACAGAUGCUCUGGCUUGGGAAGGCCCCAACUCAGUGCAGCCUGUUUUACCUGAAGCUUGCUGGUUAAGCUCAGAGACUCCCCAGGUCCUGCUCAAAACAUGGAGUCCAUUCCCCAGGCUAGAUUGCGUGCCUUUAAGUGGUGUGGAUGUUAGACCUAAUCUCAGAGGCUCUACUGAAAUCUGGCAUAGUCCGGGCCUCCUCUUGCUUUCUGAGACGCCUCCUUUUUGAAUUGUUGGGCUCUGAAACAGUUUUUGUUGUUUGCUUUCCACUGUCCGUGUUCUCCUUUUAUAUUAUAUUAGAUCAACAAGAUCUUCUAUAGGAAACUGGAUAUGGCCAGGCAUCCAGAGGAAACUAUGCAAGUUCUGUUGUUUAUUUAGCAAGAGCAGCCCCUGAGAAGGUCUAGCAUGUGAUGGAAAUGUCUUCAGUAGUACACAGCACAACAGCAGAGGGCGCUAUUCACAUCAAAUACCAUGUAAACAGGGCCUGGAGGUGAGCACCACCGUCCUGGAGGUAGAGACAACCAUUUUAGAGAUGAGUAACUUGAAAUUAGAUUCAUAACCUGCCUAAGGACUGACAGCUAACAAGUGCCAGCGCUAGGAUUUGAACCCAUACUAUAAUGCUUUGAUAUUUUAGCACCUAGGGCCUGUUAGCCAAAACAAUCACCACUUUAUUGGCAGCAGUAAAACUUCCUCUGACUUUUCUGAGAGCCGACUGCCUCUCGGAAUACUAUAUUAUGCAGGUAGGCUUAACUGAUCUUUUUCUAAAAACAUGUCAAAUGUUAUAAAAUGUGAAGAGGCUCUGACUGUUUUGGAACAUCCAUUUAAAAAAAGACAGAUUCUUACAUUUGGGCUGGAAUAAAAUGCAGUGUCAGCUGCCUAGCACAGGGCAGCAGUUAUGAACCAUAGCAUGGUGCCCGGAAGCUACAGAGCCUUGGUGGAGGCAGCCACGGUCAUGCUGAGGGCCGUAACCUGCGGCCUCCUGCGGUGGGUCUGGAGCCUCAGGAUGCCUGCCUGGCAGGCCUGGCUGAAGUAGGAGAUAGGUCUGAGACACCACCUAGCUUACAGAGCAACUCCAUUAUUGGGAUCCUCAUAGUUUGGGUGGAAAAAGCUGCACCCAUCUCCUAGGGGAGGUCUGUCAGCUAUAGUAUGAGACAUUCCAAGAUCGAAGGAGAAACCCAUCCAACAUUGGAAGUGAACUAAUUCGGGGAUUUGGGGGAGUACAGGGUGGGAAAGGACCAGAUAAUGUUAAAUUCUAACCUCAACAUGUAUUUCACUCACGUUUCUCUACUUCAAUGGAACAUUCCGUUACCAUUCUUAUCGGAAAAAAGUGUUAAAUCCAAAAAUCCUAUAUUAAAUCUCAGAAUUCUGUGUUGAGGCAAAUAUUUUAUUUGAGGAAAUAGAUCUCUACCGUGGAAAACUGCAAAAAUGGCAGAUUUUAAAACAUUUACAUAGCACAUUUUUGGUUUUUCCUAGCAAAGUGCUCAGAAUUAUUUACAACAUGGUGAAGCCUUAAGAAAUCAUUUCCCACUGAUGGUGCAACUGCAUUCUUGGGCUCCCCUCCCUAGCCCAGCAAGAAAUCAUAGGAACCGAAAGUGCCUCUUUUCUUUCAAUUGUAGAGUAUCUAAGAUUUAAGUGCAUACUGGGAGAAACCAGUGUGAUGCAACUGAAGCCCAAGGAAGUGGCCGUGGUGGGAACUUAAAACUAAAACCUUGUGUGCACUCUAGGUCACUGAGAUGAGAAAUUCAGGUUGAGAAACUUGGCCAGUGAGUGGCAGAGCUGGGGCUCCCUUGGGUGGUCUUGCUCCAGAGAUUUGAUGAGACCCCGGUUGUUGCCCAACUCUAUUACUGGCCGUGUAACCUUGGGACUCUGAGCCUCUGACUUCCCUGUCACACGGGGAAAUGCUUGGCUGCAGGCUGGGCCCCUUGAGAAGCAGCCACUGAGAUUUGGAUGAAGUUUUUAGAGGGAGUUACCUUAGGAACACUUGCUAGUACAGGAGUGGGCAGAGGGUGAAUUUGGGCUGUGAUGCAGUCACAAUCCCCCAGGUUGGCUUGGAGCUGGGAUGGCGUUUGAGUUGUCCCAGAUUGGGACCAGGAAAUGGGUUGUUGAAUCCUACCUGGACAGUCAUUGGCUGUAAGUUGCCCUGGUGUGACCUUCUGUGAGGCAGUGGUCAGCAAAGGGCUAUCAUCCUAGCUGGGGAGUGGGCCUGUCAGUGCUGCAGGGGAUCUGAGUGGUGCAGCACAGUGUCUGCCCCAUGGUCUGGGCCCUGCCUUGCUCAGGUAACGUGGUGAGAGAAUGCCAGCCCCAUGCCUGGUAAUCCACAGCCUGCUCAGAAUGGAAAUGAGUAGCUGCAGCCCUGACUUAUUGGGAGUAUAGAGCCAUUCAAAAGAAACACUCCUCUGCCCUUCCAGAACCUGAAAUCUACAUCUAAAAUACACAUCCUACAAGGCAGGGGGAAGGCUCUUGGUGCGGGUGUGAUGUGACUGGGUGUGAUUCAAGUUUGCUGCCUGUACUGCUUGGCUGGAGGAUUCUGGGAAUUGCACUUCUCACUUAGACAUGGUGUGGGUAUGAAUGCAAACAAGACUUCGGGUGAAGCUCUGGGUUCCCAGAGGCUUGUUGUUUAUGCCCGUCUUCUCUGAUUUCUAGUUUCAGUGGCGAUUCUCCAGAGAAGAAAUGCACAACAGGCAGAUGAGGAAAUCAAAAGGUAAACUCAGUGCCAGAGACAAACAA